AUAAAUAGAUAGAGUUGCCGUGGUCAUUGGAUCGCUGAACUCUCUCUCCCCCUCUUCCUCUCUCUCUCUCUCUCUCUGGCUUUCUCUUUCUAUACACUAUCACACUGUCUGAUAAUCCACUUCCCAAUAUCAGCCGUAUCCGCGAAAUACUGGCUAGGGAGAAAUCGAGGACGGGAUGGCGAAAAAAUUAGAGAAGAUGACAUCAAUUGAUGCUCAGUUGAGGGCUUUGGCCCCCGGGAAAGUCUCCGAAGACGACAAGCUCGUUGAGUACGACGCGCUGCUUUUGGAUCGAUUCCUUGAUAUUCUGCAGAGCUUGCAUGGAGAAGUUCUCAGAGAAACGGUGCAAAACUGUUAUGAGCUUUCUGCAGAGUACGAAGGGAAACUCGAUCCGAAAAAAUUAGAAGAGCUUGGAAAUAUGCUGACAAAUUUGGAUCCAGGGGAUUCAAUUGUCAUUGCUAAAGCCUUUUCUAACAUGCUCAACUUGGCGAACUUGGCCGAGGAAGUUCAGAUUGCUUCUCGCAGGCGCAACAAGCAGAAGAAAGGAGAUUAUACUGAUGAAAGCAAUGCAACCACCGAGUCAAACAUUGAAGAGACUCUGAGAAGGCUGGUUGUUCAGUUGAAGAAGUCGCCUCAAGAAGUUUUUGAUGCGUUGAAGAAUCAGACCGUGGAUUUGGUCCUCACCGCACAUCCCACCCAGUCAGUUCGAAGGUCGUUGCUUCAAAAGCAUGGAAGGAUCCGUCAUUGCUUAGCAAGUUUGUACGCCAAAGACAUAACACCCGAUGAUAAACAUGAGCUUGAUGAGGCUUUGCAAAGGGAGAUUCAAGCUGCUUUUCGAACUGAUGAAAUACGAAGGAACCCUCCUGCCCCCCAAGACGAAAUGAGGGCAGGCAUGAGUUACUUUCAUGAAACAAUCUGCAAAGGUGUUCCAAAAUUUCUGCGCCGUGUUGAUACAGCACUUAAGAAUAUCGGGAUCAAUGAGCGCAUUCCAUACAAUGCUCCUGUAAUCCAAUUUUCUUCUUGGAUGGGUGGAGACCGUGAUGGGAAUCCGAGGGUUACUCCUGAAGUCACUAGGGACGUCUGCUUACUGGCUAGAAUGAUGGCUGCUAACUUGUACUAUUCCCAAAUAGAGGAGCUUAUGUUUGAGUUGUCCAUGUGGCGUUGCAAUGAAGAUCUUCGUGUCCGAGCUGAUGAACUCCACAGGUCUUCCAAGAGAGAUGCAAAGCAUUUCAUAGAAUUUUGGAAAACAAUCCCGGUUAGCGAGCCCUAUCGUGUAAUUCUCGGUGAUGUAAGGGAUAAGCUCUACCUCACACGCGAGCGCACUCGCCAUUUAUUAACUCAAGGAACGUCGGAUAUCCCUGAAGAGGCGACAUUCACCACUGUUGAGCAGUUCCUGGAACCUCUUGAGCUGUGCUAUAGAUCCCUAAAUGCUUCUGGCGAUGGGUCAAUUGCUGAUGGCAGCCUUCUGGAUUUUCUCCGACAAAUCUCGACAUUUGGGCUGUCAUUUGUGAGGCUCGACAUACGGCAAGAAUCAGACAGGCACACUGAUGUCCUAGACGCCAUCACAAAGCACUUGGGCAUAGGGUCGUUCAAAGAGUGGUCCGAGGAGCGCAGGCAAGAAUGGCUCCUCUCUGAACUCAACAGCAAGCGUCCUCUCUUCGGACCGGAUCUCCCCAAAACCGAAGAGAUUGCUGAGGUCCUCGACACGUUCCAGGUACUGGCCGAGCUCCCAUCAGACUGCUUCGGCGCCUACAUCAUCUCAAUGGCCACAGCACCCUCGGAUGUGCUGGCCGUCGAGCUUCUGCAGCGGGAAUGCCGUGUGAAGCAGCCACUGAGAGUCGUCCCGCUCUUUGAGAAACUAGCUGAUCUCGUGGCUGCUCCUGCUGCCGUUGCGCGUCUCUUCUCGAUCGAGUGGUACAAGAACAGAAUCGACGGUAAGCAGGAGGUGAUGAUCGGCUACUCCGACUCGGGCAAAGAUGCGGGCAGGCUAUCGGCAGCGUGGCAGCUGUACAAGGCUCAGGAGGAGCUCAUCAAAGUCGCCAAGAAGUUUGGCGUGAAGCUGACGAUGUUCCACGGGCGUGGCGGAACUGUGGGGCGAGGAGGCGGCCCGACUCACCUUGCAAUUCUGUCUCAGCCCCCGGAGUCGGUGCACGGAUCUCUCCGUGUCACGGUCCAGGGAGAAGUGAUCGAGCAGUCAUUCGGUGAGGAACACCUCUGCUUUAGAACACUCCAACGCUACACUUCUGCGACGCUGGAGCACGGCAUGAACCCGCCGGUCUCCCCCAAGCCCGAGUGGCGUGCACUUCUUGAUGAGAUCACAGUGGUUGCCACAGACGAGUAUCGGUCCAUCGUCUUCAAAGAACCGCGCUUUGUGGAGUACUUCCGGCUUGCGACUCCUGAGCUAGAGUAUGGUAGGAUGAACAUCGGGAGCCGGCCGUCAAAAAGGAAAGCAAGCGGGGGGAUUGAAUCACUGCGGGCAAUCCCAUGGAUCUUCGCGUGGACGCAGACGAGAUUCCAUCUGCCAGUGUGGCUGGGCUUCGGAGGGGCAUUCCAACACGCGAUAAAGAAGGACGCCAAGAACCUCAAGAUGCUGCAAGACAUGUACAACCAAUGGCCUUUCUUCCGAGUCACCAUUGACUUAGUGGAGAUGGUGUUCGCCAAGGGAGACCCCGGCAUUGCCGCCUUGUAUGACAAGCUCCUAGUCUCCCAAGAUCUCUUAUCUUUCGGUCACAAAUUAAGGGCCAACUACGAGGAAACCAAGUCCCUUCUGCUCAAGAUUGCAGGCCACACAGAUCUGUUGGAAGGGGAUCCAUACCUGAAGCAACGGCUGCGGCUGCGGGACUCCUACAUCACAACGUUGAACGUGUGCCAAGCCUACACGCUCAAGCGAAUCCGCGAUCCCAACUACCAUGUCAAGCUGAGGCCUCAUAUUUCCAAGGACUACUUCGACUCCAAACCGGCUGCGGAGCUCGUCAAGCUCAACCCUACCAGCGAAUACGCGCCGGGAUUGGAGGACACCCUCAUCUUGACCAUGAAGGGCAUUGCUGCUGGAAUGCAGAACACUGGUUGAUUUUUUUUCAUUUUUACGCCUCUUCUCUUCCUUAUAUUUAUCGUAGACGGGGUUGAUCAACCGUCCUUGAAAUAAUCGGAUCGCCAUUUACCAUAUUUUGGCUUAUUGGGUCUGCUACAUAAUGUAAUAAACUCAUUUUUUUUUUGGUUAAUUUGUUGUAAAUUCACCGACUUUCGUCGAUUUUCAAUUUAGACAUGACCUUAAAAAUC